UGCUAGGUGACGACGCCCAAACGGCACCCCUGCGCGCCCCCUGCGUGCGUGGUUGCUCAGGUCCUCGCGAGCCGGAGGGCAGCCGGGGACCUUCUGCAAUUCCCGAGACCCCCUGGCCGCCGGCCCUGGCAGCCUCUGUGGGGCCGGCGGAGGCGAGAAGGCGGUUCGGGAGCGCCCGCGGAGCCCGCCGACAGGGUCCCGCCCUGGAAGAUGGCCUAUUACGAAAAAUGCAUUGAAACUGUGGUUGAGCAACUGGACAAGUUUAACCCUGAGAAAGACAGUCCUGAGCAGUUCCUGGAGACUGUGUCCACCUCCCUACAGACUCUGAGCGCCCAGACGCAGGCGUUCAUUCUGGAGGUUCUGUCCGGGUGCCUCCAGUACCAAAGGCUGCUGACCAUCGUGGUGGACGCCUUCUACGUGCGGGAUGGCCGGCUCUGCCUGUGGGCCGACUACAGCCUCUUCGAGGUGAUCUGCUACCUGGCCACCUUCCAGCUGGACGAGCUCGGCUUCCAGCUCUUCUGUAACGUCAUCAAGUCCCAGCCCCUCGACAAGAUGUGCAAGUUUCUCAGGUUCUUCUUCAACCCCUUAAACCUGUGCUCAUGGAUCAAGGACGAGUGGAGCCUCGUCUACGAGAUAGCCUAUGUGAAGGAGAACUGGAUCGAUCCCCUGAUGAGAUGGCAGCCGAAGGUCCAGGAGCUGAUCAGCCAGCUGGAGAGGAUGCUGGCCAAUCACCCCUCUCUUCCAAAGACCAAGGCCAAGGUCACAGAGCCCAAGGAGUUCAAUCUGAGUGCUCCCAGACCCCGUGGCAUUCCAGUGCCAGAGCGAGUCCCCAUCCUGGCCAAGCCAAGACCAGUUCCCAGAAGCACCUACCAGCUGCCCAAGGAGCAGCAGCUGCUGGAGAUAACCAAGAGGUAUAAUCGCCGGAAAGCUGAGGAGCUGCUGCUGAGGGCAAACAUGGAGGAGAUGCGGUGUGCGGUGCCCAGGUCCCGCGGGGAGCCCCUGGUGCAGGACUCCAAGAAGCAGCCGAGGCUCCAAUUCGGACCCCGAAUCCUCAAGACUCCCAAGCUGACCUUCUACAAGCCUAACGACGACGUCCCAGUCAAGCUGAACACUGCGGCCAUCCUGCGAGAAGGGGCCUUAUACCAGCGGCAGGUGGAGAAAGAGCUGCAGAGAGUGGAUCAGCUUGUGGAUGGGGCCGGGGACUUCUCUGAGUUCCUCGAGUGGCAGAAGAGGAUGCAGGCAAAGGACCGGGAAGAGCAGCUGGCUGCAGGCGAGUGCCGGAGGCUGCAGGGGAAGCUCAGCCAUGAGGAGGCCAUCCUGGCCCGGCAGCACCUCAUGCAGGAGAACAAGCAGAAGGCCAACCAGAAGAAGGAGGAGACAGCUGAGCUGAUGCAGCAGUAUGCUGAGAGGCGACUCCAGGAGGAAAGGUCCAUGAAGGAGCUGGUGGAGCAGGUGUUGGAGACACAGAAGAAUGUUAAGGUGGCACAGACAAAGCUCCUGAAAGUCCGACAGCAGAUAGUUCAGGAGGUGAUAGAGGAGAGCCGGGAGCUGCUGCAGCGCAGCACAGAGGCAGCCAAGGAGGAGCAGAGGCAACGAUGUGAGCUCAUCUCCCAGCUGCGAGCCCUGGAGAUGCAGCCCACACGCAAGGGCAAGCUUGUGGACCUGACCCAGAUCCCCGGGUAUGGCCUGGAAGGAGAAAUGUCCAUCGUGGAGCUGCGUGAGCGGCUGGCCCUGCUCAAGGAGAGCCAGCGGCGCGAGGAGGAAGAGAAGCGGGACCAGAUCAUCCAGGGCAAACGCGCCAAGAGCCAGGAGCUGCAGAACACAGUGGAGCAGAUCUCGCUGUGCCGCGCAGCCAUGGGCAGGUCUGCAGCCUUGAGGUGGGAGGAGAAGAAAGCCCUGUCGGUGGGCCCGGGAGCGCCUUGCCAGGACGAGCGCGUGCUCGAGCUGCAGCGCAGGAUCGAGGAGAAGGCGGCCGAGCGCCACAAGCAGGCGGCCCUGCUGCACGUGUCGGCGCCGCGGGCCGCGCGCCCCAAGCCGCGGGCGCAGCUCGAGGCGCAGCACUGGCUGGAGCUGGAGCGGAGCCGCGAGCGCAGACUCCGGGCGCUGCAGCAGGAAGGCUCGGCCUGCGGGCCCGCGCGCCGCCUGGAGGCCGCCUGAGCCGGGCGGGCGCGCCCCAGACCCCGCGACCCCGCCCAAAUAAAGCGUGAGGCCGGCGGUGUGCGCCUCCUCUUCCCGGGCCACCGGUUCCUCUCCGUUCCUCCUCUCUCCCCGUCCCCGGCCUACUCCCCCACCCCCCGCGUCCAGGUUCUAUCCUCACCCCAACCCGCCGCUCGCUGCCUCCGCACCCCUGCUUCACGCCCCACCCAGCCCCAGUCUCCACCUAUCCAGAGCAGGGUUGCCUGAUGAAAUAUAGGACGCCCAGUUACUGCGUGGGACAAACUUAUGCUAAAAAAAGUAUCCACUCUUUAUCUGGAGUUCAAAUUUAUCUAUGUUUUUGUUUAUAUUUUAAAUCUGGCCACCCUAACCCAGGUUCUGGCCCUUACCUCCGGCCCAGCACAAGGCAUUCCCGGUGCCCCCUCUUCGGACCUCCCAGAGCCCCCUCUGCACGUGGAAACCUGGAAUCCCCACUCUCUGCCUGGAGUCCGGUGGCUUAACCUGGGGACGCCCAAGACUGCGCGUGUGAUUGUGGGUGUGCGUUUGGUCGAAGGGACUAGGAUUCUUGAGCCUCUAGGAACCGGCCCUUCUCAUGCCUUGUCUCACGUAAACCUCACCGCGAUGGAGGGCGGGGAUGUAGGAACUGUCCCCCGCCACCAUUCUGCUGAGGCCAUUGGUGCUCAAAGAGGUGAAGUGAUCUGCCCCAAGAGGGGGCACCGAAACCGGGCACCAAUGGGAUCGAAUCUAAGCCUGGGUGGCUUUAGAGCAUGUCCCAACUUCUCCAGCAUCAUUGAAGGAACAAGAUUGGGGCCACUGGGCACGAGGUCGCCCAGGGUGGGGACCAGGACAGAUUCAUUCUCCUGGGUCCUCGGACCCAGGACCAGGCUGGAGAGGGUGUAGCCUGGAGGACAGGCUGGCUUAGAGAAAUCCAGCCGGUGAAACGCAGCCUGAGGAACCAAGCAGUGUGCUGCAGCUCCUGGGAAGGAGAGUAUGGGCAAGCCCAUGUGGUGAGGGGCAGUAAGGGAGGGGCUGGAAACUGCCAGGUGGAUAGAUAUCCAGGAGAGAGAUCCCCCACAGCCACAUCCUCCCUCCCUCCAAGGAGAACCCCACGGCACAUUUAGACCAGGAAGGUGGACAUCUCACAAUGAGAACAGACUAAAGACCAAAGUUCUCUCCCAAAAUUCUGAGUCAUGUCAGAACCCCAGGACUUUCCCACAACCUGGGCUUGUAAAGAGAGGAAUUUCCCACCUCCCUAUCAAAUUAGAACUGGGAACAGAUUAAAUUUCAUUAAAAAAAUAAACAUUUUUUAUAUCCUAUGUUAUAUGAUUCAAAUCCAUUUCAUUUGAUGUAGAGGGAAGAACAUUGAUGGUGACCUGUCCAGUGAGAGAGUCCCUCAGGAGCUCUGAGAGUUUCAAAAGGGGAAUUAUUAGCUCCCAUAACUGGUAAUCCAAAGGUAGGGUGGACUUCAGGACAUGCCUGAUCCAGGAACUCUGCCUCCAAGCUGGUAGCAGUUCCACCUUCACAACAUCCAGAGGAAGAAGGGCCAUCUCUCCCUGGCAGCUCCCUUCGGAAGGAAACCACUCUAUCCUGGAAGCCUUAUGUGAACAUCUCCAGUCUCACUGGCCUGAAUUGAACAUGCAGCCAGUUCCUGCAGGGGGGAAGGUCUGCAUGGGUCCCCAAGCAAGCACUGUAGCAGGAGGAGAGAAUUACCUUUCACCUAUCAGACAGGCCUCUGAACAGAGGGGAGAAGUGAUGGCCCAAUAAACUUAGGGUGCUUUUGGCAACAAUGCUGGUUGGCAGUUCACAGGUCCCUACCUACCCUCUUGGACUGGGGAGCUGCUCAGGGCUGCUGUGAGAACACCUGGGGCUUCUGCUCCAUGCAAACCUGGGUGGGAGCAGACCUUGGCCAUCCCCUGAGGUUGUGGCCUGAGGGCAGGCCUUCUGUGGUAGACUGAUGGCAAAAUGUCUCCUCGUAUCCAUGUUCCUUGCCUUGUGACCUCCCAUCAAGAGAGGGAGACUGUUUCCCCCAGCCCUUCAGUUUGCGCUGACCUGCUUUGGCCAACAGGGUGCAGCAGAAGUGGCUGUGUGCCCGAUCAGAGCCUGGGCCUCAAGAGGCCUCAGAGCUCCCUCUUGUUCUCUGGCAUGGUGCCCAGACCCCACAUAAACACGUCCAGGGGAUCCUGCUAGGAUGAGACACCAUGUGGAGGAGAGCCACUUGUCCCAGUGGAGGCCAUCCUCGACCCCCCUACAAACCAGCGGACGCCAACAUGUGAGGCUGGCCAGGACCAGACCCCCCACCUCUAACUUGUAGAUUCAUGAGCAACAAUAAAUGCCUAUUUGUUUAAAGCA